CGACGUAUACUAAAAUGGCGACUGAAGAUGAUCGAGGUACUUCAAGUCAAGAUUCUCAUCGUACAUCUCUUCUUGAAAUUAUCGAGGAAAGAAAUAGAAAUUUGAACAAAGUAUUUUAUUUUUUUCAAAAUAUAUUAUGCAAUUACUGUAUUUAGAUUGUUUCAUUUAAUUAAGAUAUCAUGACUUUGUUCAAAUAAAAAGACUACCGACUUAGACUUAGACUUAGUAAGUACUUAGUCUUUAUGUCUGACUACUGAGACUACAAAUGUUUAUUUACGUUUUAGAAAUUAGAAUUUUAUCUAAAAAUCAAUUUUUUUAAAUUUUCGAAUUGUUUACUUUUAAGUAUAUUAACCAGCUGAUACUGAUUUUCAGAACUGAAUAGUGGGAUGAUUUGACUAAAAAUACGUAUCCAUUACUGUGUUACAUUUCAUUUGCAAUGGGAGAAUUAACCAACUUGAUUUAUUAUUUUUCUUAUUCACUAAUUUUUAAAAUUUGUGUCUUCUGUCUUUGUGGACUGGUGAAUGGUAGCUUUGUGGCUGGUAUCAGUCUGCAGGCCACCCAGUAUGAAACACUGUCAUAAUACACAGUAAUUUCAUUGUUAUCUACUAUUCAUAUAUUUUAUAUCUAUAGUCUAUGGCACUAAAAGAUAUAAAUAAUUUUGAGACUGUUGUAUUUUAUUGUGUAUUAUGUGUCAUAAAUAUUCUUUUUUUAAAUCUAGUUCUUUUGUCUCUUUUGAUUUUAAUUUAUGCAAAUAAGCAGUCUUCUAUCCUUAGUUAUAAGAAUCCAAAGAUGACAUUAUUACAAUUCAAUUGCAGAAAUAUCUAAUUCAUCGCCUUGUCUACAUAUCCAAGAUAAGUGAUCCAACUGUUGACAGACAUGCUUUAGGAAGUGAGCCAUUUCUCAAAUUUUUGUUCUUAAUAAACCAGUUUUAUGCCUUUAUUUAAGAUAGUUACUCAUGAUUAAAUUUUAAUUAUAGAUCUAGUUAACUUAAGAUUUAUUAUUCCCAGACUACUACGAGGCUCUAAUGAAAAAGCUGCAGGUUGAUUUCCAAACAAGUGAGCCUAUAACUGGACUUAUGCUUAUAUAUCUUAAACAUGUUGUUCAUGUUAUAGAAGUAAGUGACCCAUACCAUAAUUUCACAAUUUUAAAACAAUGAAUACAUCAAAAAAUGUAUCAUGCUAUUUAAUGCAAGUUUUUUUAAAUUUUAAUUUUGAUAGUUUUUUAAAGAUGUUUUUUACAAUUAUUGUACAUUUUUGCAUUUUAACUGAAUAACAUGAUAUAAUUGUAUGUGAACAGUUUAAUUAUUAGGUAAGGAUUGGAAAAUCAUCAGGAGAUGAAAACAAAAGAACAAGUAUAUGACCUUUUUAUAAAAAGGAACAAAUAUUAGCCCUGGGAUGUUUGUAUAAAUUGUUUGGCUUGUAGCAGCAUUAUUUAUUCUCCCAAGACAAGCAAUUAUGCUUCCCAAUGGCAUUUUUUCAUGUGGCGCAGUAAGUUCACACAAGAGUGGUUGUCAUUUUCAGAGUCUUGACACUUGAAGAUGGUGAUGUCCAGGUUACUGAACUACAUGACCUUCUGUUUCAUUUGUGUACUUUCCACACAUUGUUCCCACUGAUCGUUACAUUGCAUUUAAUUAACCCUUUCCUCAGGCAUGUCUCAAACCUGUCAAUAUCCUUGCUGAACCCAGUAGCAAUGGUUGUUGUUGUCAGGUCUUGCAUCCCUGUAAUUGACCAGGGAGACAUCCUUUUGUUCUUUUUACAGUGGCAAGCUGUCAUAAGAGUAACAGGUUAUCCUUGGGAUUUCAUCUUCCAUUCUAUUCACAUGAACAAGCCAACGCAAAUUAAACUAAGAAGAGUCAAACUGUGGAUCAACUGUUGUUGAUAUGUGGUCACUCCAGAAAAGGCCUUUUUUGUUGAGGUUUCAAUGGUAUUAAAUUAUGUGCUUAGCACACAAUUCUCCACACUGCUAUCUUGUUAGUAAUGACUGUUCUUGGCUUGACUUAAUUUAAAAUUCUGUUAAUUACCUGGCCAUUGUCAUUGAUGCUUUUCCUAUUCUUUUUGUCUUUUGUUAAUAUGGGUCCAAAAAGUUUAAACAUAUAUACCCCGUAUGUAUAUUUAUUAACCACGUGAACUGCCUGGUUGAGUGCUUUUCACUGGGGACUUGCUGUUUGCACAAGAAACUGCUUUGGGAAGACCACAUACAAAAGCAACAUGUAUAGUUUAUCUGUAGCAUGUAAAGGCUAAGAAUCCCAAAGACCAUGAUAAGACAAUAAUGAGUAGGAAGAGUUUAUAUAGAAACAUUUCUUUUUCCGAAAUAUGUUCACUUCUGUAAUGAGACUUCAUUUAAAUAACAAUUAUUUGUGCAAAAUCUAAUGUUUCUCUUGAAUCCCCCCCCCUCUUUUUUUUUCACCCCCAGACAUCUUCAGAUCUUAUCCUUAAGAUAGUGGAGGAUUUGCAUAAGAUCGAGUCAGAAAAGGAUUCAUUUGUAUCAAAGUCAAAAAUUUUAAUAAUAUCUCAUGAUAUAUCCUUUUUUAUUUGCUAUGCCAAAAAUAUAAGCCUGAAAUAUAUUUAACUGUUCAUAUUAGAUUUCUUUAUACUACCGUACAUGAUAAUAUAUUUUAUAGUUACCAUAAAAUCUGGGGUAAAAUCUGCAUGAUGAAUUUCUGCCAGUUUGGUAUUAAAAUUGCAGGAAAAUAUCUCAUGUAUGAUACCCAACGAAAUGUUUCCUCGGUUUUCAUUUAUGUAAAGCACCAUGUCUUAUUUUCUGGUAACAUAAUGUAGUUCAAUCCUAGUGAAUAUUUAUUGAAUAUAAUUGUAUACAUUUAAAAGAAAUGAGUAUAAAUGAAAGCUAAUGUUUAUCCUGUGGGGAUUAUUUUGAGAUGUAUUUAUAUGUUUUUAAGUUACCUGACCAAGUUGGGGUAAAUUUUAUUAUAUGAUAACUUUAGCUUUGAAUAUACAUGUGUUAAAAAUUCAUUCCCAUUUUUAGUCUGCAGAAUAGGUUACAUUUUUUUAUGAGAACUAACUAUUUUUAAUUUAAGUAUUUUUAGAAACUUUAAAAAAUACUGACUUGCUAACAAAAAUGCUCAAAUUAAGAUGCUUAACAAUGUUGUAAAAGCUUGGUGGUGAAGCCACAUGGCUAUUAAUAGCAGGAUAAUUUAGGAAAUUCGGAAAUGUUCCCAGAGACCUAAAUCAACUCAUUACUUUAGCAAACGGAAAUUUAGUGAAUUUCAAAUCUUUCUCUAACAUGUGAUCCUUAACUUGGUUACAUAAAUUCAAGACUUUAUCAGCAAUGGUCAUUUAGGACACUUGAUAUCGUAGAACAUGGAAUUGAAGCCUUUGAUACAAAAGAAACUUUUGAAAACCUCAUUGUUGAACUCUUAACCCAAUUACUUAAACUGGGUGUCUACCUCAAUAAGCAGCCGAAGGUAAGAUGUUAUUUUCCUUCCAUCUGCAACUGAUAAAAUUAUUAUGAAGCGUACAUUUAAUAUACGCUCAACUUUAAUAAAAUUCAAUCUUAUUUAUCUAAAAUUUGUUGUUCAUUUCAGUUUCAGACACCCACAAACUGAAAUGAACUAAAAUUUUCUAUUGCUACUAAGGUUGGAAUUUGCUAUUUCUUUUUCUCCACAGCUUAACUUGAAAAAUGUAAUGGACUCAUUACAUGAUAAAGUACCUGAUCUUCUUCCACAACAAUGUAGGAUAUAUAUUAACCUUUUACAAAUCAAGUUUAAAAUCAAGUUUAAAAUAUGCUUAGGUUUUUGCACAAUUAGUCAGUCAUGAGAAUUACCGAUAUAUGUUUUUCUUGUUAGCAUCUUUAGCAGCUUAUGGUAUACAUGUAGAAAUUGACAUUUUUUAUUCAAUAUUUCUGAUUCCUACCAACUUGCUUGCUCCUUGCAGCUGUUGUACACUACUUGCUGGAAGAGAGUGACAGCAGUAUGAUCAGCCCUUUAGAAUACAUAGAUAUGUAUCGCAAGCCUUAUGACACAUUUUUAGAGAGUGGUAAGCCUAACAAAAUGAUUAAUUUAAUAAUUAUAUGACUCUAAUGAUGAGACUCUUCAUGUUCAUGGGAAAAAAUUGCAUAUUUCUAUGAAGAUAUUUUUAUAAGCCCAACAAAAUGAUUAAAUUUAAUCAAUAGAUUAAUCCAGCAAAGUGACUCCCAAGUAAAUUUUGCAUAUUUCUUCAGACAUUUUUACUAACAAUUACUCAAUAAGUGUUCAUGUCUAAGAGGCAUUUUAUUUAUAGCUGCGUUAACAAUUACAAUUUUAAAUUACAAAUAAUUUGUUAAUCCAUUUUAAGUAGCGUCAUUAAAUAUGUUUUUAUUUCAUCUCCAGAUAUGGUGUGGCCAAUUCCAACAAGAUUGUUUCCUUACAACUAGCCAUGGAUAUUCUAAUGCACUUCAAAUUGUUACAGUUUUCAGUCAUCACCUUUAUCUUUGCCUGAAAUCUGUGAUACAGCUGUGGGUGGUCUAUAACGUUAAAGAAAUUUGUUUGUUUUCAAAUUUUAAAUUUAAACUGGAGAGGAUUUUUGUAUUGAGUUGAACAGCUGGGAGUAGGUGUCUAUAGUAAUAAAGAUUUUAAGAAAAAUUUACCACUAUUCGUUUUCAAAUUUUAAAUUUAAACUGCAAAGGUUUUGAUUUAUUAAGUUAAUGAGAUAGGAGUAGGAAUUUAUAGUCAUAAAGAUUUUACCUUCCAUAAAAAAAACAAAAUUGAAAAUAUAACACACAUGAGAUAAUAAGUGAGUGGUUUAGAAUGUAUAAAAUGUUCUAGUUAAGAUUGGGUAUCUAAUAACGUGAUUUUUAUUAAAUGUAACAAGCAUUAAUUUCAAGAGAUAUUUCUUUGAACAGACACAAGUCUAAGCUAACUCCAUAGAGAUUUAUUUCACAGUGGCCCACAUUUAAGUCAAUCAAUCUAAACUGGAUUAUGGGUUCCUUUUCUAAUUCUACUACACAUUUGUAAGAAAUUCUAUCAGAGUGAUUUCCAAUAGUAAUCAUAAUAAUUAAUGAAUCAUUCAUGUCUUUAUCAUGGUGUCUGUAAUGAUGUCUAUUCUGGGUUCAACUCCCUUACAUUAUCGUUGAGAAUACCAACAUGGCAUACGUUUAUUCAGAUCAUUAAAAUAAGAGAGAGAGAAGGGGGG